CGCACUGCUGCGUCUCUGCUGCUCUGAUCUCCAAACUUUUUUUCCUUUUUUUAAUUCCUCUCUCGGUGAAUGAACGAACCUCUUUAACAUAUUCAGAGCAACGUCAUCCGCCGAAGGUGGAUCAUGCCGUGCAGCCUCUUCUAUAAAACCCCCUGCAGCUCGCUCAUUGUGGAGGAAUAGCCACCGGUUUUUGGGAAGUGACGGCGAGUAAGAAACUUUGCAAACGCACACGGAUUUUGCCUCAGCGCUGACUGGAAGCUUGGAGAGUUUACAAGAAGACAACGCAAAAUAAGGAGGAGAAACUGGACGGUGGAGAAGCUUUGCGCACCGCCGCCGGACAGAGGUUUGAACGGAGCACAAGCGCCUUUACGCACAGACACAGGUGGAUGCUGGGAAGCGGACCAGCUCGCAGGAGAUGUUACCCCUGGCCCAGUUUGGGGUGCUGUCGGCCCUGGCCACCGCGCUCACCUCGGUAUUGUCCGCGAUCUUGCUGCUCGCGCUGACCCGGCAGCUGUGGAGCCUCCGCUGGAGCCUAACCCGGGAUAAAGAGAGCAGCCUGCCGCUGCCGAAGGGCUCUAUGGGCUGGCCGCUGGUCGGAGAGACUUUCCACUGGCUGUUCCAGGGCUCCAACUUCCAUAUCUCUCGCAGAGAACGCCAUGGCAACGUGUUCAAGACUCACCUCCUUGGGAAGCCUGUCAUCCGGGUGACGGGCGCAGAAAACAUUCGCAAGAUCCUGCUGGGCGAGCACAGUCUGGUGUGCACGCAGUGGCCCCAGAGCACCCGCAUUAUCCUGGGACCCAACACCUUGGUCAACUCCAUCGGAGAUCUACACAAGAGGAAGAGAAAAAUCCUGGCUAAAGUGUUUAGCCGGGGGGCUCUGGAGUCUUACCUGCCCCGGCUGCAGGACGUCGUCAAGUCUGAAAUCGCCAAGUGGUGCUCAGAGCCGGGUGCCAUUGACGUCUACAGUGCUGCCAAGUCCCUGACGUUCCGCAUCGCUGUCAGAGUCCUGCUGGGUCUGCAGAUGGAGGAGGAGCGGAUAGUUUACCUGGCCCAGAUCUUUGAGCAGCUGAUGAACAAUCUCUUCUCACUCCCCAUUGAUGCUCCACUCAGCGGGCUACGCAAGGGGAUAAAAGCCAGAGAAAUCUUGCAUGCCAACAUGGAGAAAAUAAUCCAGGAAAAGAUGGAGCGGCAGCAGACGGAGGAUGAAUAUAACGAUGCCUUCGACUACAUUCUGUCCAGCUCCAAGGAGCACGACCAGCAGCUCAGCAUCCAGGAACUCAAGGAAACAGCAGUGGAGUUGAUCUUUGCCGCUCACUCCACCACAGCCAGUGCCUCCACAUCGCUAAUUCUGCAGCUUCUUCGCCAUUCAGCAGUGGUGGAAAGGGCCAAAAUCGAGCUGGAGGCAGAGGGCCUCGGCUACGAAUCCAACAGCAGUCACAAUGGUGUAACUUUCGAAAAGGAGGAUGCUGCAGAUACAGAGACAACCUGCCUGCUUAACGGAGGCUGUCAGAAUCACAGUGAUGGUUUUCCACAGUCAAAGUCUCAUGUGCCGCAUCUGAACCUCGACAAGCUGAGCCAGCUACGCUAUGUUGACUGUGUUGUCAAAGAGGUGCUCCGCUUUCUGCCGCCAGUCUCUGGUGGUUACCGGACAGCCCUGCAGACAUUUGAAUUAGAUGGCUACCAGAUUCCCAAAGGCUGGAGUGUAAUGUACAGCAUUCGGGACACCCAUGAGACCGCAGCGGUAUUCCAGAGCCCAGAGCUUUUUGACCCAGACCGGUUCGGCCCAGAGAGAGAGGAGAGUCGGGCGGCUCGGUUCAGCUACGUGCCAUUUGGUGGUGGCGUACGGAGCUGCAUAGGGAAAGAACUGGCACAGAUCAUACUAAAGACUCUGGCUGUGGAGCUGAUAGGGACUUGCAAAUGGACUCUGGCCACGGAGAACUUUCCCAAGAUGCAGACAGUGCCAAUAGUGCACCCGGUAAACGGGCUGCAUGUGCAUUUCACUUACAACCACCCGCUUUAGAUACUAAUACAGACUGAAAGACUUUCCAAAAACUCAUUCCCCUAAGAAGCAGUUUAAAAUUAAAUGUGCUUCUGGAAAAACUCUUAAAGCCCAAGGGGGAGGCAGACACACCUCGUGGGGCCUGAUGGUGCAAUUCAGGCCCCCUUUCAUUUCCAUAAACAUGAAGAAGGGGUUGGUUUGGAGCAUCUCUUCAGUGGUUUCGUCCGAACCUAAGAAACCACUUUCUGUUGUAGCACAAGUAUAUUUCUAACCACAUGAUACGUUCACCUACAGUGUUUUCAAUGUUUCCCAACUUUUACUGUCCUUUACAUGCAUUUUUAAGUUAUUUAUGUUCUGGGGUACAGAGCAAGAGUAAAUCUGUGAAGCCUUUUUCUUAAAACAGAAGAUCUGGGGUUACCCUGCUGAACGGACUGCAUGUACACCUCAGUAAAAACAGUGAAAGUCUCUAUUGAGAGGUAAAUCACAUGCACAUAAAAAAGUAGCAGUUUCUGAUAAAUAGUUUCAUGUUCAGCUGGCGAAACCCGGUAUGACCAGCAUACAGUAAGUGCCUAACAGACUUCAGGUGCAUUGGUACCUGAAAUCAAAGACCUACAACACAUCUACUGCAGAUAACAGGAAAAAAAUCUCCCUCAUCUUAGCCUUGUUCUAUUGAAGCUGCAAGUCCAAGGACAAACAUUUUGUUGGGAUACACACUUACAAAAAGUAGUGAUAACAUGAAUUCAGCUUUGUUGCUUUUAUCUUUUACAUCAAUGUUAUAUCAGUAAGGAAACAUUCAAGGGCUAUGCACGUUUGCUGUGCUGAAUGAGCAAGUCACAAGUAUUUUACUUCACUUGCAUUCUCAAAACCUUUAAGAUUCACCUUUGAAAACUUUUGGAAAAUAUUUCCAGACCCAGGUUGGACACAGGAGACUGGACUCCCCUGCAGCUGUCUUAGUUGUAAUGAUGCAAUGAUCUCCACCGCUAAAACAAACUUACUGAUGGAACUUGCACUUGAUUUUGACACAUAAAUCUCACAACCAGGAACUAUCCAAACAUUAAGGUCAAAAUACAUUCAAACUGUUCUGUUUUUUUGAACAUGAAUGUAAUAUAUAUCCUUAACAGUGCUAUUAUGUGUGUAUCAAAUGAAGUAGCAUUAUGAAUAAGCUGUAUUUAAAAUGCAGAUGUAUCAUUUUUAUUGUACUUUUACUCUAGUCUGUAACAAUAUUUGCUGUAAUUGUGAAUAGAGAAACUAACCUGUAAUGUAAAGGACUGUCCAUAAAAGUUAGUUUCACUGCUAGAACAAACAUUAGACAUCUUUCACUGUUUAGAGCAGCAUAUAUAGAGAGUAAAGUUAUUAUUAUUAUUGUUAUUUUAAGUCUAAUUUUAGGACUGUUUCUGUCUUGGUCUUGAAGCCUAAUAGACGCGCUGUGAAAUCUUAGGUAUGGAUGGAUUUGUGGAAGGAGAUAGCACUUUCUCCACUUUAAGGAGUCUGUAUAUAUUUGUCCCGUGUAUGCAUUCAUUGAGUGUAUAAGAUGUAGCUGCUGUACAGUUGAUGUAAAGAGUAAAUUAGAAAAUGAAAAC